CUUGGUUUGCAGUGCGGAGGUUUUAUAACAGCAGUGUUAUGUACACACCCUCAGCACGAGCUAAUGGUAUAUUUAAUCUAAGACUUUAACUUACAGCUUCACAACAGCCAAUAAAAUGGUGAACAUCGGUCUCACCAAAGUGGACGAUGCGCUGGCAGCAAAACAUCCGGGUUUAGGGAGUUAUACUGCCUGUCAGUCUCACGCCUUCAUGAAGGGAACUGGGACCUUUAUUCUUGGCGCUGCCGGUUUAUUUGCCCUUCAGAAGGGUCUCCAGAGGAAGCUUCCUUAUCCUCUCCAGUGGAAUCUACUAAUUUCAAUAGUGGCCUCAUCAGUGGGAAGUUAUGCAGUGACUCGCUGGGAAACACAGAAAUGCUCAGACCUUUGGUUGCUGCUAGAAACAGGCAAAGUCCCUGACAGAUCGCCACCACAAGUACCUAAACCAGAGGAAUCAAAAGGACCCGAGAAGACAAAAUAUGGAGAUGUGAUGGAAUGAACAUAGUUUUAAACAGAUUUGUGUAUCUACUGUAUAUAAAUACAUGUUUUCAGAAUAUAUUCAUUCAUAAUAAUUCAGAUAAGCUGGGUGUGAGAUAGUACAUACUGUAUUUUUACAUCCCAGUGUUAUUUUUCCUCCUUUAUUUCUAUUUUCUUCUCAAUACACCAUAUGAAUGAAGUGUCUUUUUUUUCUCAGAAUUUGUAGAGCUUUUGAAUUUCAUAACAGCAUUACUGUGUGGAUAAACAAGAUGAGUUUCCCGAAUCAGAGGUCAGGAAUUAGUUUGAGUUCUUUAGGAGGAAUCCCAUGCUAAGCUUGUGAUCCGGUAUUAUUAUUUGGAUGCAUUUGUUUGACAUGCAACAGAAUUAACACUGCAUUGCCACAACCAGCCACUAGUUGUCAUCGUAUACCUCAUGGGAUUUGCAGAGCUCUAUCUUGUAGUCACUGGUGGCUCAACCAAACCAGUAAAUGACCGGUUUUACUGUUUUCAAGCGUAUGAUCUAAAAUACACAUUGGUGAUUUUAAUCAUAUAUGCCUUGGACUACAGAGGACAACUCAUAGUGGAACGAUUCAUCCUUUUCUAUAAAUAAAUACUCUACUAUUUAAUAAAAUACUCAGGGCAGCAAUGUAAUCCACAUGAAAUCGUUCACGGUUGCUGCCUUAAGCCACUGCAUGUUCAUUCAUCCGUCCUCAGUUCAGUGAUGCUGUAAUUAACCCUGCCACAUAUCAGGAUGACUAAAUAUUAAUCCGGAUUGGAUUUAUAUCAAUUUGGCAUCUGUGCUUAAAAAAAUCAAUUCCAUGAGGUUAGGUGCUAAUUUAUUAGGAAGAUGAAAAUAAAUAUAGAAGUCAUUGCAAAUUCAGUGUUUACCACUUGAUUUAGGCAAACAUGAAAACACGAGCUGAGAAAAGAUUUAAUAUCUUCCUCCAUCCUGCUUAUAAAUGAAGGAUUUUACUGAUUGUCUUGCUUUAUUGAGCUGUAAAAACAUUCUCAAACCCACUCUUUGUUGUAGAUUUUUUAUUAUUGAAAUUAAAUGUUAAAAAGUAUAUAAUACAAUAAAUACUGAAAAAAGGCCAUCCUAUACAGUACUGUA